CCGAACGGAACGGCCUCUGGUGACAUUUUCUCCGGUCGGCGCGGACGAGUGAGGGGACUUGGUGGUGGAGGCUGCGGAGGUGGCGAGAUUCGCUUUGGCCCCGGCGGGGCCCGGACCGCGACCCUCUCUGCUCGCCUCCGGGGUUUGUGCUGAGGCGGAGGAGGCGGCGGUGGCCGUCGCAUUCCGAGUCGCCGCGGCCCGCAGAGACCCGGCCCGGGGGUCGGUGCGUGCCCCGACGGGGCGCGCGGGGCGGGCGAGGAGGUGCGGGGCCGCCGCGGAGCGCAGGUUGCUUUCCUGUUGCAUCUUUCACAUAGUUUCCUAGACUCUGCUCCAUGAUUUAACUCGAAAGUCUGAAAUGAAGAUGGAGGAGGCAGUGGGAAAAGUUGAAGAACUCAUUGAGUCUGAAGUCCCACCAAAAACAUCUGAACCAGAGACAGCUAAGGAGGAAGACGGGUCUGUAGAACUGGAAUCUCAAGCUCAGAAGGACGGUGUGGUGGAUUCUGCAGUUCUGUCUUCAAUGCCCUGCUUGUUGAUGGAGCUGAGACGGGACUCCUCGGAGUCUCAGUUGGCAUCCACGGAGAGCGACAAGCCGACAGCCGGCCGAGUUUAUGAGAGUGACUCCUCUAAUCACUGCAUGCUUUCCCCUUCCUCUAGUGGUCACCUGGCCGAUUCAGAUACACUGUCUUCUGCAGAGGAGAAUGAACCCUCUCAGGCGGAAACGGCGGUAGAAGGAGACCGUUCUGGAGUGUCUGGUGCCACAGUUGGGCGCAAGUCUCGCAGGUCCCGAUCAGAAAGUGAAACAUCCACCAUGGCUGCCAAGAAAAACCGGCAAUCCAGUGAUAAACAGAAUGGCCGAGUCGCUAAGGUCAAAGGUCAUCGGAGCCAAAAGCACAAGGAAAGAAUCAGGCUACUGAGGCAGAAACGGGAGGCUGCUGCGAGGAAGAAAUAUAACCUGUUGCAGGACAGUAGUACCAGUGAUAGUGACCUGACUUGUGACUCAAGCACGAGCUCGUCAGAUGAUGAUGAAGAGGUUUCAGGGAGCAGCAAGACAAUCACUGCAGAGAUACCAGAUGGACCUCCAGUUGUAGCUCAUUAUGAUAUGUCUGACACCAGCUCUGAGCCAGAAGUGGUAAAUGUGGACAAUGUAUUGGCGGCUGCAGUAGUUCAAGAGCACAGUAAUUCUGUAGGAGGCCAGGACCCAGGAGCUACCUGGAGGACCAGCGGGCUUCUAGAGGAGCUGAAUGCGGAGGCAGGUCAUUUGGAUCCAGGAUUCCUAGCAAGUGACAAGACAUCUGCUGGCAACGCACCCCUCAAUGAAGAAAUUAAUAUUGCCUCUUCAGAUAGCGAAGUGGAGAUUGUGGGAGUUCAGGAACAUGCAAGGUGCGUCCAUCCCCGAGGAGGUGUGAUUCAGAGUGUUUCUUCAUGGAAGCGCGGCUCCGGCACACAGUAUGUCAGCACCCGACAGACACAGUCGUGGACCGCCGUGACCCCCCAGCAGACUUGGGCUUCACCUGCGGAAGUUGUUGACCUUACGUUGGAUGAGGAUAGCAGACGUAAAUACCUGCUGUAAUACAGUGUCACUGUGUUUUCUCUGCACUGUUCCCUUCCACUUCCUCCUCCUCCUCUUUGUGACAUGGAAGUUCAUUGUCAUAGCUUCAGCCUCAGAAGCUGUUUGUGGCAUUUGUAUAAUCGAAACUCAUGGAAAAUUGCCUCUCCUCCUAUUUUUUUUUUUUAAAUUAAAAGACGUCACUUAGGAAAAUAACUUAUCACAGAGAAAAGAAUUUCUUUUCUUCUUUCCCUCAGUAGGCAUAUGAGAAUGAUGAAUUUUGUUAGAUAACUUCAUUUUACUUGGUGACUCAAUCUUCGGAAACCCUCCCUAUAGAAUAAUAUUUUAAUUACCAGGUGAAAUGGAUUUCAGUUUUUGAAUCUUAUAUUUAUUUUUCUGUGUAAUAAAAUUAAUACCUAGACUUGACCACUGUCAGCCUACCCAUUGGCACUCCCACCUUAGGGCAUUUGCACACACAUUAGUCAGGUCCUUAUUGGCACCUAGUAGGGCAUGUGCAUUGAAAACCUGUCCUUAAAAACGGAAGACAGAAGUAUUACUUUUCUUUUAGCUUAAGUCUUCUGCCUUCUUUCCUGACUUCGCUCCUGGCUGACUUCCCACAACACAGAUGAUUGACCUGCCUCUCUGUGUCUGUAAAUACUGCUCAGAGGACUUAGUUGGUCUCCUUGUUGCAAUAAUCCAUACGUGUUUGGGAAACAUCUCCACUGAGGGCAGAGGCAUUUAGGAUAGAGACCCACCAUGAGGUUUGGGCAUCUGACAGCAUCGAGAGAUCACUAGGGAAGUCUCUCUCCCCCUUUUUCCUGGUUUAUUCAAAUAAGGCGAGAACAGAGAACCUGUUAAUUAGGUAGGAUGUGAAAAGCUCUGUGGCUUCCAAGGCUGUGGGCACUUGCAGACCUGAGAGUACAGGGCCUUUCACAGGUGGUCUCUCCAUGAAGGAGGUACAGCAUAUGUCUCACACUUGAGCUGAAGUUGAUCUGAUGCUCUAUUUGGGUAUUUUUCUCCUCUGCCUUCUAAAAGUAGAAAAAAUCAAAAUGUCAUUAAAAACCAGAUGCAAAGCACAUUAAUGGCACUGUGGGUUUUCCAGUAUCUAACAGGAAUAACAAAGGGUAGUAGGAGCUUCAGGGAAUUCAGGAAAUGCUGGUGUUGGAGUUUUGUGGCAUUAGUUACUACCUUUUCUCCUAUAACGUCGUAGUUACUAGUGAAUUAUUUUACAAGCAAUACCUGGAGUUAGAACACUAUGUACUGUGCACAGGGAGGAGUGAAGUGAUCCUGGCUUAGAAGACCUCACUUUUUGUUUUUCCACAGUUUUUGUCUGCUAUGUUUUAUUUGUUUUUGUUUCCGUUUUUACCAUAUAACGUUGCUCUAGCCCUUUGUCUCCCUUCCCAAUUGCCUUGGUGGCUUUUCCUUAUCAUAAGAGCAUGAGAACUGUCAUUUUCAGUUUCCAUCCAGCAGACCCGCGUUUGCCAAGUGCCUGUCCUGCACGAGGCAGGCUCUGUGUGGGGUGGUGCUGCGGGGCGGCUGCGGUGAGGGAGACACCCACCCGCUGCGGGCACGUGUGGCACGGUCUGCCUGGCCCCACCUGCCCAGCCUUUUCUUCUGGAUUUUUGUAAGGACUCAUUUAUUCCUUUUCCCUUUUUCCUGCUGUUUUAGUUCAUCCAUACACCUCUUUCCUGCGAGUGUAUUUUAAGCAUGUGUUCUUUGAUCUUCUUUGAUAGCAUCUCAUUUGAUCUGGCCUCUGUUCUUCAUCAACUUUUUAUUUUUCUAUCAAUCUGCUUAAAAUAGAUCAGGCUUUUUAAAAGCUCAUGAACCUCCAGGUUUAGCACCUCAUAUAUCAAGCCUCUCACAUGCCACGAUUCUAGACAAAAACCAAAGACCCAGAGGCCAGAGCGAAGUCGGACCUUCUGCAGAUUCACUACUGGUGUAUCCUUGGACCUUCACAUUUUACUUUAGGAUUAAUUUAUUGAAUUUUUACUGUUACACAUUGUUUUUGACUUGAAUUAAAAUGCUAGGCAAAGCAGAAAUGUACAAUAUCUAGUCUGUUUUCCAGGAAAAUCAUCAGGAAAAGAAUAGAGUGGAUUACAUGACUUGAAGUUUUUGCAGCUUACUUUUUCCCCAGUUAUCAGGGCAGAGCCCCAUUUUAAAGGACAUUUUUGCAUUACUUAUUCUUAUGUUAACAGUAUGUCUUGUCCAAUUCCGUAUAGCGGGUGAUUUUCCAGGACAUAUUUUCUUUAGCCCCUCAUAGUCAUCCUCUAAGAAAAUUCCUUCGGGGUGCUGUGUGCACUGUGGAUUGAGAGCGGAGAGCAGAGUUGUACCCAAGCUCUUUUCUGGCCUUUUGCUUUUCCAUCGGGUCACACUUUGCCCUCAUCUGUCCCUGUUCCAGCACCCUGACUACCUGGCUUGAUGCACCAGAACAAAAAUUAAGAUGCAAACAGUAGGGAGAGAAAGGGAUGGUAGAGAGAGCUUUUCUCCCUGCUAGGUUGGCACUUUUCCACCUACUAACUAUUAGAGGGACUAUGUUUCAACUCUUCUUUCAUUGCCAGGUUCAGGAGAGUAGGAAUGUAGUUUCUGGCAAGGGUAUGAAUGAUAAAAUUCUGUGGUAAAUUUGAAAUUCUGUGACAUAUAAAAUUUCUUCUAAGGGAAUCUUUUUUUUUUAAACACAAUUUUGCAUUUGGUAGCGUAAAUACUUCUUUAUGCUUCAUAGGACAUUGUCUCUUCAAAGUAAUAUGUCUGCUAAAAUGGUACACUUGGGUCACAGAUUGGUUUAUGGAACUAACUCGGUUAAGUACCCCAGUUUCCCCCCAAUUUCAAACCACAGAGCAGUAACCUGGCUAUUGCUUCACCGUGACUACCGUAUAACAUGUAAUUGCUGCUCACCAGUACUUGUCUUUUCAUUUUGAUGGAAGGGGCCAGACUGAAUGGACUCCAUUAUUUGUUACAAUUGAGCAUCCCAUAAACUCUGCUUUUAUUAUUAUCAGUUGUGAAUGUGAGCUGUCUGAUUUGCUAAUUUAGUCAAUUGUUUGUUGUUACUUUUAGCAGAUUAGCACCAUAGGUAACUUAAAAAUGAAUUUGUUGCCUGCUUUUUAUACUGUGUCACAAGAGUUUUGAAAAGGCUGGGGACACAAUUUUGUCUUUUAGUUUAAACUUUUUUAAAGGCAAAGAGCCCCAACCCCUGUUUUUCAGUAUCUGUAUGAUGUGACUUCCAUGUAUAUAUAAAAAUGAUUGCGCCCUAACCAAACUUCCUCAGAUUGUGCACUGUUUGUUUAAAAUAAUCACGUAUUUUAGUCCAAUGCUGUUGUAUUUUUUUUUCCAUUUUAUUUAAAACACUACGUACUUCUUAUUCUUUUAACAAAUUUUAAAAGGUAGUGAUCUUAAAAAAAAAAAUCACUGGAUAACUAGGAAAUAUUUUUGUUGUUGUUUUUUUUUUUUUAA